AGCCCUAUAAUACCAAACAGCUGAAACGGUCAGACAGUCGGAAUCAACAUGACGAUGUUCGACAGCUUACUCAUUGUGGCUCUCCUGGCUACCAUCACGCCAACGCUGGGAACGCAGCGGUGCGACAUAGAAGCGAAUGGCCUUAACAUCAAGAUGAACGACAUCUUGACAAUUAUCACAUUGGGUCAGACGAACUUCCAAUGCGUCUUCAACUUAACAAAUGACAUGUGUCCCUGUCAGGAUACCUCAUUCGCGAAUUGUUUUGAAACAAGAUUGGAAGCGGCCAACGCUGAGUUAGCUGACCUUAUAGAAGAAUUCAGAGUUCUGACACAGGACGUCGCACCAGUUGAUUGUCCUGGACUCCAAGGAUGUGCAGCACUUGUUGCUAGUGAUGAGUCGUCCCUCGUUGCUGUCGCUGACCCAGUUGGGUCGAUCCUGCAUUACAUCGACGCAAGCUUAAAUAUCAGCGCUCUAACAGCUGGGAGUAGAUCAGCUGAUGAGUCCUUCAAGCUCUACGUCAUCAGUAAUGAUCCUUUCGUCGUAAAAUGUCAGAGCAUUCCCAGCGGAAUUGACACUGUCAUCGCUAAUGAUACAGACUUAGCUUCCUCUGGUGGAGUUGGGACUGGCAUUACGUUUUGCGAUGAUGGAAAGCUAUACGUCACCAUUGCUAAUGCUGCCCCAGCGGAUGAUGUUAUCCUGUCUAUUGAUCCAACUGAUCUAAAUGUCACCACAGUUGCUAAUGUUUCCUGCGAGGCUGGGAUUAUCAGAGCCUAUAAUGGGCUAUUGUAUUACGUCAACUGCAAGAAAAUCGAAUGCAUCAAUAAGACAGGUGAAGAUUUGCAAACCAAAUUCAAGUUUCCAGUGAACAUUAAUUCGUUUGAUGUCAUUGACGAAGAGAGGAUAGUAUUUUGCGAUUCUGUGGGCGGACUCUGGAUCUACAACAUCGGCACCGGCUGCUACAAACUGCUGGACUGUAGUGAUGAAGCAUGUGCGGACGUCAAGAUCAACCGCUGUACAUCGUUCAUUUACGCAGUCUACCCAAAUGAUGCAAAUCUCAAAAUUUUCAACUCCACGACCAGUGGUGCUGAGGGGACGUUGGCGUACACAACGUCCGACCCCGCUGGUUCUCCACGCCUUGGGUUCGAGCCACUUUGCCUACCCUAGGUUGAUAAGGACGAGGACCUUCUUGGAAAGAAAUCAGUUAAAUGUGAAAACGACAUUGACGUUAAAUCUGUAUUAAAUCCUUUCCAACACAAA